AUGCCUCGAGCACCUCCCCCUGCCAUGGUGUUGCUGUCCGCCAUCGCCCUCUUUGUAUGGUACAUCAUCUGGACUCGUGACCACGACCGACCCCUGACCGCUCUGUCCCACGCCGAUCGCUUCCAGCACUCGUCCAAACAAAUACCACAAGACAUGGCCGAAAUCCCUACUGUAACAGCCACGCCGGAGACCUUACACGGCGACCAUGUUAUGGGCAAGCUUGGCAAUGAAACCCUAAAAGCAGAACUGGGCCGCGCAGCCUGGAAGGUUCUUCAUACCACCAUGGCACGAUUUCCGGACAAGCCGACGCAAGACGAGAGCGACGCGCUCAAGAGCUAUGUGUACCUCUUCGCCCGACUGUACCCGUGCGGCGAAUGUGCAGAACAUUUCCAGCAAAUCCUCAAGAAAUACCCUCCGCAGACGUCUUCACGAUCGAGUGCGGCAGCCUGGGCGUGCUUUGUACAUAAUGUGGUGAACGAAAGAAAAGGCAAACCUAUCUUUGACUGUGCCAACAUCGGAGAUUUCUAUGACUGCGGUUGUGCAGACGAUGAGAAGGAAGAGAUGGCCAAAGCCGGAGCGAAGAGUGAGGCCAUCGCUACCCAAGGAGCUGGCGCGAGACAGGAACCCGUUGAGAUUGAGGUCGAGGGAGAAACAAGAGGCGGUUGA